AUCGACACAACCAAGGAACUGUCAGCGCUCACGCUCGCUCGCUCGCCCCCUCCCCGUCACCGCCCAGCAUCCACCAUCAACCUCUCCCUUUCUUCUUCUAUCCCGUCCCCCGCCCUCCCCGCUCCCCGCCCUCGCUCCUCCCCUGUCUCUCCCCGCCUCACCGCUACGGUACAUAUUGAACAUCCCCCGGCCGCCAAAAAUCGACGCUUCCGCAACAUCCGGCCCGCCCCCCUUUUCGGUUCCGCCGCCGUCCGCUGCCGAGUCUCCUAGUGAGCUCCGCCGUCUUCGCCGCCGCGCGUCCUCGACGCUCGUUUCUUGGCCCACUUCCAACGUUAUUUCGUCUCCCUUUCGCUCGAGGCCUGCGCACUAUCGCCGUCAACCUCGACUACCACCUCCUCCACAAUGAAACUGUCGUUACUACCUCUGCUGUUGACUCUCGCGGGCUGCGCGUGGGCAAUCGACCUCAACCCCGACGACAACGAAUCUAUCAAGAGCGCGGCUGGCAUCGCGGCCGGAAAGCUUCGCGCCCUCUACCCGAACACGGAGUCAUGGUUCAUUCCGGGCGAGUUCGGUCUCAUCCAGACCGCCGACGGAAAGAACGAUCAAGGGUACUAUUGGUGGGAAGCCGGUGCCGCCAUGGGUGGCUGGAUCGACUACUGGGCCUUCACGGGUGACGACACCUACAACGACAUCGUGUCGGAAGCGCUGCUGUUCCAAGUUGGUCCCGACGAGGACUAUCAACCCCCAAACCAGACGCUGGCCCUGGGUAACGACGAUCAGGCCUUCUGGGCCAUCGCUGCCCUCGCCGCUGCCGAGCGCGGAUUCCCCGAUCCUCCCUCAGACCAGCCGCAAUGGUUGGCGCUGGCGCAGGCCGUCUUCAACCGUCAGGUUGGGCGGUGGGACGAAGCGGCGUGCGAUGGUGGACUGCGCUGGCAGGUGUUUUCGAGCAACAAGGGUUACGACUACAAGAACUCGGUCAGCAACGGGUUGCUCUUCAACAUGGGUGCGCGCUUGGGUCGGUACACGGGCAACACCACGUACAUUGACUGGGCCGAGAAGGUCUGGGCGUGGAGUUUGAGCAACGGCCUCGUGAGCUCGGAUUACAAGGUGUACGACGGUAGCCAUAUCCCGGAGUGUGUCGUGUCGUCCAAGAUCCAGUGGAGCUACAACGCCGGUAUCUACCUCAGCGGGGCCGCCGCCAUGUACGACUACUACAACACCAUCGUUGCCAACACCGACAUGGCCAGUACCUGGGAAACGGAGACGGGCAAGUUGCUCAACGCCACCGACGAGCCCUUCUUCAACCGCAACGACGGCACUCCCAACAUCAUGCGCGAGUCCGCCUGCGAGUCUCCCCCACCGUACACUCGCACUCCCACGUGCAACACCGAUCAGCGUUCCUUCAAGGCGUACCUCUCUCGCUUCUUCGCCCAGACCUACCAGUACUGCCCGUUCAGCCGUGACUUCAUCAUGACGCGACUGCGCGCGUCCGCCGUAGCUGCGGCCAAGUCCUGCAACGGUGCCGACAACGGCGGCAACACCUGCGGUUUGUCGUGGAUCAAGCAGACGUACGACGACAGCCCGUACGGUAUCGCCAAGGGUGGUGUCGGCGAACACAUGAGCGCCAUGGAGGUGUUCCAGUCGCUGCUCAUCCCGUCGGUGAAAACCCCCAACACCGAGAAGACGGGAACGAGUAAGGGUGAUGCCUCCAAGGGUAGUGGAACGUCGAGUUUGAGUGCGGACGAGCUUAAGCAGACCGGUCCCACCACCACUGGCGACAGGGCCGGCGCCGGCAUCCUGACUACCAUCUGUCUCGGUGCGCUUCUGGGGCUGACGUAUUGGUUGAUUCGGGAGUAAUUUUUGGGCUGUCUUUCCUUUGGCUUUUCUUUUGCGUUGCUUUUCACUCCCCUCCCCCUCCCCCUCCCCUUGUGUACGUGUCUUUCUCUCUUUGUUUCUGUUUCCUCGUCUCUUGCUUAUCGGAUACUUUUAUACCUGUCGCGCUUCUUACUUGCUUGCUUCCUUGCUUGUACCAUUGGAUUUCAUCGCUCGGUUUAAUGAUGCGCUUCGUGAAGAAAGUGUGCAGACCGCGAUCCAAGAGGUAGUGUGUAAGAAGAAACCCAUGAUGUUGUUUGUUCACUGGAUGUACUCUUCAGCUGUGCGGGCGAGAUUCCGGAGAAUGUGAUUUACGCCGAUUUAUACGCUCCAGAUACUGUAGCAAAAAUUGGGGGCGAUUGAUGCUAAAGGUCUCCAGUAGUAUGUACCACCGCACGGAUGUAAAUCAAGCAGGAUUGAGAGAAUACAGAUUUAAUUUAGGUGUUCUUUUUUCCCUAGAGUUGAAAUUCUAC